UCUGGAAAUUCCGCGGACAGUUUCCUGUUUGAGAACGCACGUGUGUGUGUGUGUGUUGUACUAGUCCUGUACAGACUGUGUCUUUUGGGUGCUGCUGGGCAUGUUUAGAGGUUGUUUUGUACGUUUUUAGUUAAUUUAAGAAAAUGUCGAAAAAGCGCAAAACCGAGGGCUUGGAGGAAUCCAACCCUGGUAAUGUUAAGAAGGCUAAAGUCAUGGAAGUUGAGUUCACUGGGACUCAGUUUAAAAGCAUGCUGAAAGACCCUGCGAAAGCACUGAAAUGUUUGGACAUUUUUAUAUCCAUUUCUAAAACAUUACCUAGUUGUGAAUUAUAUGAUGUUGUAGAAGGCUAUAUUAAAAUUUCGAUGGAAUGUGCUGAAAUCUUUAAAUUGCUGGAGGGAGAAAAGCAUCAAGAAAGUGAGAUGGUGUUGAUCUUUCAAACCCUGGAAGCAAUCUUGCUGAGGACAGCCAGUGAUCUGUCCCAUUUUAGCAUGGUGGGCAUGGCCAUUGUGAAAAAAGUUAUAAGCAGCCACAUGAAAUUGAUCUAUGCUGCUUUGUAUUCAGACAGCCACAGGUAUGUUCGACUGUGUCUUAACCUGUUGUCUGCAAUGGUGUCACAAGGGCCAGAUUCUGCCAGGGAAGUCUUCAGCCACUUCGAUUUCAGCAAAAGUCUCUCUGGAUUGGCAAAGAAACGUGACAGAAAGGGAAGGCCUGAUGUCCGCAUGGCUUACACCCAGUUUGCUCUUUCUUUUAUCAUUACUGGGGAUACUAACACAGUAGGAAAGGUGCUGGAGCUCAAAGAUUUCAUUCCUGACAUUUUAAGUACAGGAUUAAAGGAAGAUCGGAUUUCUACUGUCAACCUCCUUUUAUCCACGCUGCAAACGAAGGUGGUUCAAAAUAAAGCUAUUAAUAAAACUCAGAAGGUUCGUUUCUUCAACCCUGUUGUUUUAAGCCACAUUGCCUCGCUGUACAGGUGGAAUGGGAUUGUUGAUACCUGCUCAGAUGACACAAAGGAUAUUGAGCUCUCCAAAGAAGCAGGGAAGGUUCUAGUUGGCGAGUUGGCUCACAAUUUCCUACUGGAUCUCUGCUGUUCAUUCAAAUACGGCAUUAAUUUUUACGACUCUAGCCUUGGUACAGCUAAAAGAGCUGGGAACAUUGUUCUAUUGAAGUUUAUUGUUGGUUUAAAGACAGCGACUGAGGAGGAGAUUGUGGGUGAUCUGGUGGUCAGUAUUCUGAAAGUGUGUCCAGAUUUGCUCCAGAGAUACUUCAAGGAAACGCAGUACUCCUUUGUACCACGUCAGAAGUCUGCUUGGCUUAACAAUAUCAAGCUCUUGAGGAAGAUUUAUGAAGCCCAGCCUGAAAUUUCCAAAGCCUUCAACACCAGAGAGUUUAUUCCUCUUCCUCGUCUGCUGUCUAUGGUGAUGGUUACGACCGUCCCUUCAGUUUGUAACAAGGCAACGUUCACCCAGGGACUCAGUCUGGAUAACAAAGUAGUGAAGCAUACAACACUAUCUCUGGUUGCAUUCAUACUGAAGAGAGUGCUGAAGAAUAUUGAAUACUGCCUAGAUAAGAAAGUGUGGCAGAGCUCGGAUAUCUACUCUGCCAGUGUGAUGGAGGAUUUUGCCCAGCAGUAUAGAGAAGCUCUUAGCAAGGUUUUGCCUGACUUGACCAACAUAGUGGCAACAUGGCAGUCCCUUAAUAAGAGAGAAAAAGUGGACGAUGGAGGAAAGGUGGAAGAAAAGGUUUCCAGUAAACAAGCAGCCGAGGAGCUUCAGGAGCAUGGUUUUGAUGAUCCAGAGAUCACUCUGUUGAAAGCUGUGCUACUUCAAGUUGUGUGUCUUUAUCAAAAGGUUGUUCCGCAUCUUGUGACUCAGAGUACCUUUGACUUCAGCAAACUCCUUAAAGGGAUUGUAACAGAAAAAGGCAUAGGAGAGGAAGUACCGCCAGUCCUACAGUACCAAAUACUGCAACUCUCCCUGGAGCUGCCUGCCAGCAAAUUUUCUUGGUUCAGGUUCCAGGAUAUAUCAGAUGCAAAAGAAACUAGUGGAGAAAAGUCUGUAUUUUACUUGCUACUUAAAAUGUUUGUGACAAACAGGAACACACACUUAAAGACGUCAACAAGGUUGCUGAUUCUUAAGGUUUUAAGAGACAGUGGUGUAUUUGAAUACACAUGGAAAGAGCUGGAACUGUGGUUGAAACAUCUUGUGCUUCUGCCAGAAUCUGAACAGGAGACAGUAAUCCUGUUUUUGGAAAGAGUUCUAAUAAGAGUAGUGUCAAACCCAUACCCGUAUACAGACAAAGCAGCAUCGCUUGUGCAAGAAGCAGCUAUGCUUCAGGCCAACUUAAGUGGACAGGAAGGCGAUGCUGUCAGUGUACCCAUCUCACACAUUGAUGAUGUUCUGGAUAUGGUAGACGUCAUUGUAGAGGGCAGUGAGGGUUUGGACGAGGAGAUUGGGUCUACUCUCAAUGAAGAUAUGAUCCUGCAGACCUUUCCGUUCAGUGCUGUAGUUCCAGCAGCUUUGGAAGCCAGAAAUAAAUUAGCAGUGAUUGCCAACGGUGAAAUAGAUGUUGUUCUUGAGUAUAUCAUCUCCGUCCUGACUGACAUCCUGCACACACAACAUGAUCCUCUCCCCCUGUGCUUGACCAUUCAGCUCUAUGACAAAGAAAUUGAUUCGUCAGAGUCCAAAGCUAAAACUGUGUCUGUUGUGAAGUUCUAUCACUAUUACAGCCACUGGAUACCUGCACAAGCAAAGGAAACACUGUUUAAGGAGUCUGGGGCACCUGCUUCCAAUCUUCCUCCCCCCCAUGGCUCAUUUUCCUGCUUGUUGAAGAAUGCCCAUGGCAAAGAUGCUAACUGCUUGUUGCAAGACCAGUUUAAGGAUGUUUUAGGAGAAGCUGUUUCUAUACUUAAACAUAAUGAUUUACCAGUGGCAAUCAAACAUAUUAUGCUCUACAUAAAAACAUGUGUAGACAACUUUAAAAAAUUUACAAAAAGCGCUGGAGUUGCUUUGCUAGGCUUCUAUAUGAACCUGCUGAGAUCUCUAAUACACAGACUUGAAUAUUCAGAGGAACCCCCUGAAUCUAGUACUGCAAGUGCCCAGGAGGAACUGGAUCUCUUCAUGGACUGUGAUUAUCUUACUGUGGGACAACCUGACAAAGAAGAGGAGCUGGUAGAUAUGCUUGCAUCCAUUUUUAAGCACCCUACCCUGGACCAGUGGUUUAUGUCUAUGGAGCUGGAGACACCACCACUGCACAACCUGAACCCUGUCAGCAUCAGACUGCUUUCUUCACAGUUAAAUUCUGAAAUCCUAAGGCUACUGAAGUUAAGCGCCCCUGUACUGCAAUGCCUAGGUCACUUUGAUUUAAUAUCAAAAUACAUAAGUGCUAUAGAAAAGAGCGUUUUGAAAGAAUUGGCAGCUGGAAAGUCUGGUGGUCGAAAUAAAAGGAUCCCUGGUAAGAAGUCUCAGCCAAUGGAAGGGCUUGAGGCACUUCACCCUUAUAUGGAGGCCAAUCAGCUAAAAGAAGUUGUGUCAUCCAUGCUGAUGUUACCGGAAGAGAGUUUGACUGUUGCAGACCAUGAAGACGAAACUGUGAAGAAGCUUAGCAUAUAUGGACUAACUUUGGUUCAGGUCUUAACUGAAAACUGUCAGCAGUCCAGUCGGAAUGAGAUCUUGUUUUUAUCAAGUGAACAGUUUAAAGUUGUGGGCAGCUUGCUGCAGUCCUGUACUAGUAAAGAGUUGGAUAAGGUCAUUCUUCAGACUUUGCAGAGAGACCCUGUCUUUGCACAGCUCAUCCAAACAGAUGUGCUUAUUUACUGCCUCAGUCACAUGACUGAAACCUGUCAGUCGAUUGCAGCCUUCCUGAUCCAGCACUGUAGAAUUCAUGUGUUACAGUUUGAGAUGUGGUGCUUGAAACCUGGAAGGAAGAAGCUUCUCAGUAACAAUUUGGAGGCUUUUCUUUCACUCGUCAAUGUGUAUCUGAAAUAUGGAAGCCAAGAAGACGUCACAAGGCCAAAAUAUGUGCGUACCCUGGUAAUAACGGUACUCAAAGAAGCCUUCUUGAAGAAACUAGUCAACAGUGUGCUGUCUGAUGCUGCUGCCAAUGGACUGCCGUUGCAGCUGGAAGUCAUCUGUAGUCUGAUUCAGUUUUCAGUGUCCUUGCAAGAUUUAGCUGAUGUCAUCAGUCAACUACCCGCACUCUUAGAAAAAACAGAAAACUACGAAAGGUGGCAGUUGGUCGACUGUGUUUCCAAGAGACUUGACACCUAUCAGGAAGACCAGGCUAUCUGGAAGAAAUCCUUGCUGACUGCCUCUACCAAGUGGCUGAUUAAUUCUUACUCCAGCAGAAAAGAGCAAGAGGAAGAAAUGAAAGAGAAGGAGAAAAAUAUGCUGCUCAGGCUUCAGGAAUUAGUGCUUUCUUUUGGUAAGGUUACUGCAGGGGACUGGAAUAAUUUUGUGAAGUCAGGUCUUAAGUACCGCUACAGAGAUCCAGCUUUUCUGGAAGUGCUUAACAGUCUGUUGAACCUGCUGUAUAAAUCUGAUGACACUCCAAAAGAUUUAGUGGCCUUACCCAUGAUACAUAUGAUGAUAAUGAACCAUUCCUUGUUUCUGCCAACUAUGUUGAAGACUGUAGAAGAGCAGGAUGUGAAUCCUCAAUCAAAAGAUGCACUGGUGGAUGUAUUGCUUACACUGGUAAAGAACUGUGCUUCUGUUUGCGAAAGUAACCAUUUUGCUGUUCUUCUGGGGGCUUAUGGAGCAACUUUAAAUACCACAGACCAGAAAUUGUUACUGCUUCUUCAGGAGUAUGAAAGAAACAAUGUCAGCCUGGCUGAAUUUAGACUGCUAUUGUGGGGGCCAGCGGCUGUGGAACAUCACAAGGCCAGGAAGAGCUUGGGGAAGUCCCUUUGGCAGCAGCCCAGUACAGAGGAGAUCUUGGCCUUGCUCAACAGGGAAAAAAUGCUUCACACUAUACUGCAUUUUCCUCAGCACCGACGCAUCAUUCCUGAGGAAGGGAAAGAGAUGCUCUUUAAGGAUGACCAUAUAAAGGAUCUGGAUGCUCUCUAUGACCCCUGUUUUUUGUUGACACUCUUUAGUGCACUGGUCAAACCAGAGUCAGUGGUAGACUGUUACAAGUUUGUGGACAUGAAUGCUUUGGGAGUGACUGUAGCAGCUCUUAGCAGUUAUGAUCCUAAAGUAAGAGCGGCAGCAUAUCAAGUCCUGGGAUCUUUCUACCUUCACCUAGAGGGUGCCCGCUUCAGAGAGAAAAGACAGUUGCUCUAUCUGAUGGACGCAGUGAAGAACGGUAUUAGACAACAAAAUCUCAGGUUAACGUUCUCACUGGCAAUGUACAUUACCAAGGUUGCCCAACAAAUGCUGAAACCAGAGGAACACAUGUAUCAGAUAGUCAACAAGUUUCUUCUCUCCCAUCAAUAUUUGGAUCUGAAAAAAGUCCCUGGAUUCUUUAAGCUCUUUUACAGUUUUGAUUUGGAGCACAAAAUGGAGCGUAACUGGGUUCUUGCUCUGCUGACAGAAGGAUUAAAAGACAAGGAUUGCUAUGAGCUGUAUAAUCAUCAGAGAAUUUUUCACGUCCUCUUAGCAUUCUUCAAUAGCCCUCUUUGUGAAGAGUCUGCUCAGAAUCAAAUAUUGAACGUCUUGCAGCAAGCUUCCCAUGUGACCAAGGCUGCAUAUGAGCUUAUUCGAGAUCACAGCCUGUUAACCUGGAUGUUGCAAAUCCUGGAGAAGAGGUUUAUAGAAAGCAAGUUACUUUCAAGCAUUAUUUGUCUGGUGCACAACCUCUGGAAUACAAACUUAGGAGAUAAAGAGAGUGAUGAUGUUGAUGAAUCUUUACUUGGGAAGAAAACCCACAGGACAGCUAAGUGCCUUCCUCUGCCAUUCAUAAAUGAAUUUGUGGGUGUGCUCACUGUUCUUAUCAGACAUAUUUGGACAAACAUUGAAUUUCAGACGUUGGCUCAGCUUUUGAAAACAUUAAGUUCAGUGCUGAAACAUCGCACAACCGCUCUUGAUGCCUACAAAGAAACUGGAAGAAUUGUCCUUAAGGAGAGGACUCUGUCAGGCACAGAUGUGCUCAUGCUUUUACAUAAAUGGAGUUUAGUGUCAAAUGAUGUUCAUCUACUGCAACCCUUGCUAACUGUGGCCAAAAAAUACAAAGUGAAGGACUUGCUGAAAACCGUAAAGGAAAGAAGUCGAAGCAGAGGCUCCUUUUUACACAGUCGCAGGAAGGUUGAAGACCCAGCUGAAGAGGAGACAACAGGAGAGCUGCAGAAGUCCUCCUUGGAGAUGUGCGAACAAUUCCUGAGAACCACUUUAAUUCAUUGGGAACCAAUAAUCCAUUCUGUUCACCUUUCAAGUGAUGGUUCAGGGCAAAUGUCUGACCUGCCUGUGAAGGAAAACAAUACCAGCAACCUAGCCUGUGCUACUGCUUACCUAGUAGUUAAAUGGGAGCUGAAUUCCAUUGUUGGCUGCCAGCUGAAUUCAAACCAUUUAUUGUUGUUUCUGAAGUGGUUUCAAAAAAACAUUUUGCCACACAGUUCAGUUGUUGAAGAACUUCAUAGAGACAGUUCUGUGAGGCUUAACUUCCUGCAACUUUACCACAGAGCCGCAGAACUUGCUGAGAUGUACAACAUGGACUUGGACAUCUUCCAUGCGUUUAGCUGUGUAAUGAUUCAGCUGCUGGAAGCCCAGAAUUCAGCUAAAACAAGACUCCAUGAAAUUAUCAAGAUGGUAUGCUUACCCAGUGUUAAUGAGGAAGAUAACACAAGGAGAGCUGCAGGUUUAUUCUUGCUUUCGGUCUACAUCCAUGAUGCGUGGUCUGGGGCAGUGGAACAUGAAAUGUUCCUGACUCAUAUCAAACUGGUAACUGAGGCAUCUGAAGAACUAGGGAAGGCAGCAAAGACUCCCAAAGGAAAGAAGUCCAAGAAGGGAGACGAAGCAGUUGUGUCUGUCUGUAAAGAGAUUUCUUCAUUUCUUAAGGCACUCUAAACCCCAUUAUGUUGUUGUGAAGCCUGCAUACUUUACUUUUUUUAUUCAUCCUGGGAAGAAUUAAACAGCCAAUUUUUUUAUUUUUUAUUAUUAUUAUUAUUAUUAUUACAAAAGUCAUAAAUUAUGUUUACAUAGACUAUGAACACCAACAUUUUAAAGUUUAUACUAAAAGUACUAUAAAAUUCCUACUAGUGUUUCACAUUACUGUAAUCCAUGAAACCAUAUUGUCAUAACCUAGGUUAAUUGCUUACAUUUAAAAUGAAUAAAUAAGCAUACUUCAUUAAAUGGCAAAAUCUAGACUUGAAUCAUACUAUAUAGUUUGUAGCCUGGGCUGCUGUUAGAUGUAUAGUAAUUACCUCUGAUACCUUUAUUUGUCUUAAGAGCUUUACAUUUCAGUGCUAAUCAGCUCAGUGCUCUGGUUCCUGUGGUCAGCCUCAUGUUCACAUGUGACUGAUAGAACUUGCUGAGAAGGCUGGUGGUUUACCUCCUGGUUUACAAAUAAACAUUGUUUCCAUGAAAACGUCCUUGUACUCCGAUUCCUAAAUGGAAAAGAAAUCAUGAAAAUGAUAAUGCCUUUCUGCUGCGCUAGUCUGGUAUAAUUGUUUAGGUAUGUUUUUCACCAAUUCUUUGUUGUAUGCCAAUACAUGAGCCAGAUUUUGGGGUUGUUUUUGUUUUCUGUCAGAUACAUUUAUGUCUAAUAGCAGAUGUUCUCUUCAGAUUUUGUUUUCAAGUUUUGCAUUGAAAUUUUAGUUGAAGUUUCCAAAUUGCUUAUAAAGCUUUUGUAUAUGGUUAUACUGGAUGCAUUGCUUUUCAAUUGCCAGUAAAACAACAAAUGGCACUAUGAAAUACAUUUAUUUUUAUUAUACUUUGAAUCUAUCAAAAUCUGUCUGCACAGAGGGUGUUUUUUUAUUUUGAUUAAUUGAUUAUGAAAAUAUUAUGUAAUAAUAUAAUCAUGGUCAUUCAUCAGUUAUUCCAGCACUACUCUGGAGCAUGGAAGCCAGUGAUAGUUUUGCCAAUAAACUGCAGUAUUUGGACACGGUAAACUUGUACAACACAAAAGUAGCAUGUUUGACAUCCAUCCCCUUCACAGCUGUAAUACACAAUGACAUCUAUCAGUAAUAUGAGCUACAUCUGCUGUGAUUCCCUGCUGAAGAUAACAAUGCAAUACCAUUUUUGAACAAUACCCACAUUGAAUAUAUCAGGCCCAUAGUGUGGGUUCUGGUUGUUCUCAUCUAAAUGCAAAUCAUUAGUAAAAGCUCUGACAAACUUUGUUGUGAGUACAGUCAUUAUAAUCAAGGCUGAACAAAUGUUUUUACAGCAGACUUUGUAAAUCGAUAUUCUCUGCUAAAUGUAUGAGUAUCAAGUUUGUUUGGCUUAGCUGACCUGAUCUUGAAGUGCCCCAUCUCAUCACUGAAUGAAGAUAUACAUCUACACGAAGGUUACAACAAAUAACACAUACCAUCAGUAUAUCGUGUUAGUGUUUAUUUACACUGUACCCAGUGUUUGUAAAAGACGAUGGUUAAAGAUUAACUAAACAAGGCAAUGUUAGGAGUUUCACAGUAUGCAACACUAUUUCAUGUUUAUCUUGCAUUUACUCAAUUUAGCAAAUAGACUUUGAAAAAUACAUUUUGUCAAAAUGUCGUCUACUUUGUUUCUUCUAGUGAGGGGAGCUUGUAUGACUGCAGUGGCUUCUACAGCUGCUAAAAUCUCAUAAACCAAUUUGGAUUGCAACUUUAUACAGUAGUUUUUGUAGAAAGUUGCAAACUAAAAAAAACAAAACUUCCUGGGUAAAAUCUACUGACACCCAUCGCUUUGACCUGUGAACUAAGAUAACUACCAUAUUGGGGUCAUGUGACUUUCAACUUUCGGAAUGAUGAGUAUCAUUGUUCAAGAAAAAAUGACACUUUCGUGCCAAUUAUUUUAAGUGUCUUUAUAACUGGUAACUAUUUUAUGAUUCUGUCAAUAAAGUGCCAUUAUGUGGUGUGCAGUAGAACUAAACCAUCUCACUACCACAUUGUGUUAACCUCGUGACAUCGAUGAUACAAAUCCUUUUCACAAAUUAAUGUUUACAAACUAUUCAAUCUGACGAUUUUGCCCCUGGGCAUGCCUUGUAUUUUUUUAAUUUUAAGAAAUCCCAUUUCUAGUUUUAUCAUGUAAAACAAAAAAACUAACCACCACAACAGAUUGCCUCCUAUUACCUCUUGUAGAACUAUAGAGCUGCUAAGUUUACACCCCACUCUAUAUAUUUAAGAAAUGAAUGGAUAUUGUAUUGUUUUUUCCAUGGAACCAGUAGCAGUCCCAGUCUGAGACUGGUCAUCGUUAAACAGUUUUGGUUGAUGGCUGGUUUUAUGGUUCAGACGGAAUCAUUGGACCAUCUACAGGUUCGUGUAAUUGUUAAGUCUAGCCUCAUAGCCUAGAAAGGAUGUACUCUGGAUAUUCUAAUCUAAUGUUCUAAUCUAAUAUCUGACCAGUUGAAUGCUUCAUAUUGGUAAGUGCUCAUCGAUAAAUAAAGCUCUCCAUGGAUAUGUUUA